UUUAAUUCUCUUUCUUAGAGGCGACAGUGGCUUGACACUGAAGAGUUGACACUGAAGAGUCGACACUGAAGAGUUGACACUGAAGAGUUGACACUGAAGAGUUGACUCAGCCAGACUUUGAACAGGAAUUAUUUUACCUUAAAAUACAGAUUAUACCUGUAGAAAAGGACACACCCACUGUAACUGUCACAGACGGUACACCCACUAAGCAGAAUGGUCACCGAAGACAAGCCCACUCAACCAAGGACACGCCCACUUCUGGCUAAUGUGUAUUUAAGAAGCUGAUGGAGGGUCAUAGCUGGAGCUGAUCUGGCUAUUUGACCGCAGUCGACUGUACCGGAAUGUGUUCCACUCGGGCCGCCGUUCUGCUCCUGCUCUUUGCAGUGAUCUGUAUUCCCGGUGAAGCUGUCUUCACACUGCUGUCAGUGGAAUUAACUGAAUGUCUUCAGAGUCAGUGCGUCGAAAAGACAUAUGCCUGCCAGAAACGCUAUGGACUGGGCCUAACAGGCGAAGUGAAAGGUUGCGUUGCUGAAAGCUGUAAAGGAGAUGUGAUCCGAUGUAUGAAGGGUGUUAUGCAGAGAAUUCUGGCUGCAAGUACAAGUGAGACUCCACUGGUAUCUCCUGAAGAUCAACAUCUAAUUGAAAUGGGCAUGGUGAAAACUGUAGAUUCAUUUUUCCAUUGUUACACACACAGUGAUCCUUGGAACACAGUCCAGUUCAUAGAUUGUUUUCUGGGAGAUCUGCUGGACAAAGCAGAGCCGUACAUGAACAUGUUUUCUUCACUCCUCGGGACCCCAGAAGCAGGUUUGGUGUCAUGUUGGCUGAAGAAGGCCCUCAGAAAGAUGGUGAGCUGCUUUAAGCAUGUAGACCAGGCCUACUACACUACGCUGGAACACAACAUGAAAAUGGAGACAAUCUUUAACAGCGAAGAACACAUCAGCUGUUAUGAUAAGAUAUUUAGAGAGAAGAAAUGCUUCCAGAUGUUCGCAAGGUUGAUGGGUCCUACCCCAGCUACGCUAACCAAGUCAAAAGGCCUCUUCGUCUGCUUCAUUAACGAGGCGGUGUUAGCGACAGCCGCAUGCUGAAGUAGCCGAGGAGGAAAACGGGCCUGACGAAGACUCUCCUGCAGAACGGACCCUUCAGGACAAACAAACACCUAAACAAAUCUGACAUGAUUUUCUUUUAAAAAUUUACAGCAGGUUAUAAUGAAGAACUUACACCAAAUGUGGUCAGUUGGUCAGUUGGUAUCUGAAGAUUUGCACUGGACUAGCAAGUAAUGGAAGCUUAUUAGCAUUAGCCAGCUAGCAUUAUGCUUACCGCUUGCCUAAACUGUCACACUCUCCUCAGACUGUGUAAGUUAAACCAAAAUCCACUGAUUUUGCAAAAUUACUCACUAAUUCAAUGGUUUAGAUGUAAACCAAUCACUCAGAGUGGUUUGGUGUGAAAUCCACCUUUCCAGAGAG